AUGGAGCUGGCAGCCGCACUGCCUCCGAAACGUCGUUCCCGCUCUGGCUGCACGGAAUGCCGCCAGCGACACCGCAAGUGUGACGAGCGAAAACCCGUGUGCUCGGGCUGUCUGCGCUCAGGAAGGCAAUGCACAUACGCCCUGCAUCUCUCCUGGGGUGGCCGGCCUUUUUCCAAGUCACGGUUUGGCGACUGUCUUCGCCGCGACCCAGGGCUGGUGCAAGUACCGAUUGCGCCCACCUCCAUGAAUUCCCUGCGGCUGCUCCGCCGAGGCAACUACCAAACGGCAUGUACAUACAUUCAUCCCUCCUUUGUUGCCAUCACCUUGGAUUACCUCGUCUCAAGAGCAUUAGAGGCCACUAACUGCUUAAAAGACUCGGAUGUGACCUUGCGAGCUGAACUCGGGCCAGAAGCGGAACGUUCGCCGUCUGCAGUACACACUCAAGCAGCAUAUGCCGCACCGCCCAAUGACUUCGCCUCCGGCCAAAUCCCACGAAACCCUUACGAGCUACAAUGGAUGGCCCCGGCACAUCGAUUCCUGCUCGACCACUUCAUCUCCUGCACCACCUUAUCUCUGUCGUGUCACCCAGUGAUCCAGCGUACCUAUUGCGCAGUCUUGGUGCCCAUGGCUCUCCAAACUCCUCAUCUAUUAGUCGCCCUGUUAAGCCUGGCGGCAACCCAUCGUAUAUCCCUCGGCCUCAACCAGAGUGCAGCCCAACUCGAUUGGUUUCGGUUUGCAAGCUUGCGGCAGCUACAAUCAGCUCUGGCUACGCCGAGGAGGCAGUUGAACGAUGCAGUCAUAGCUACCACUCUGACAUUAUGCACGACGGAUAUUGUCUCGGACGGCAAAAGUCCUGGCUCGUGGAGGGCACAUCUACACGGGACGGCAGCCAUAAUAGCAGAGCAUUUGCAAAAUACCAGGGACUCUGGGACGUCCUUGUCAGAGGCUACACUCUUGCUCUGGCGAUGGUAUUCGUCAAUCGAAGCGGUCACUUUGUUAAGUGGGAACCUAGUGAUUUCCCCCGGCUCGCGAACCGUCCUUCAGCUUCGGCGGUUGAUAGGCAAAGACGAGAUCGAUGACCUCACCGGAUUUUCCACAGCCCUCAUCCCCAUUUUUGGGGAUAUCAAUCUGCUGGCUGUUGAAUCCGGCCUGAGCAACGACCAGCAACUUGGGUCGACCAUUGACGACAUAUCUAGCAUUCCUAAUGACAUAAUUCGAGAACGAUGCUUCCGGAUUAUCGAAAACAUCAGUUCGAUGCUUGCCUCGCAUGAACCACGAUUUCGCGCAACCAUCGAUGCCUCCCUAUCCACCCUCCACCGAAUCGACUUUGCGGCGGUCGACGAAACAUACCACCAUGUCGCUCUCUUGCAUCUCUAUCGUAGGGUUUUGAACCUCCCCUCAUCCAGCCCUUUGGUUCAGAAAUCUGUGCAGCAAAUCAUCCACCGAGUCUCUGCCAUCCAUUUCCUACAUGAGCCGUGCCCCGGCGUCGCGGUUCUACAGCCUCUGUUUGCGGCUGGAUGCGAGGCCUGCAAUGCUGCCGAUCGCGAUAAUCUCCGAACCCUACUUUCGAGAAUUGAGUCACAGUAUGGAAUGGGGAAUGUCAAGAGUGCCAGGGCGUUUCUAGAGGAUCUGUGGGUCAUGAGAGAUGAAAGCGGGGAUUUGGAGGGGAGGAUGAGGUGGGAUAAGGUCAUGGAAAGGGCUCGAUAUCCUUCCAUAUUGAUUGCCGUUGUCGCGUCACUAGAUCACAUAUCCGCCGUCUGUGAUGGAGAUAUAUCAACGCGGGAAAUAACAACGACGUCAAAGAGCAAGAUUGAAAAGGAGUGGCCUAAAGAAGUGCACAGAAGGACGAAUAAUGAAUGA